CUCAUACAAAAAGCCAGAGGGCAAAUGACUGGCCAACAAAGGAAGUUUAUACACAGGUUUGUCAGUGUGAUACACACUGUAGAGCAGUCAAGGAAGUUAAAUUUAACAUACUCACUAUAUCUUGUGUUGUCUCGGUUAUAGUUUUGACCAGUUAUAUCGUCUGAAGCUGCUGAUGAAAAUUUGAUUUACUCUUUCGCUAUUCCUUAAAAGACCGGAACUACUAAUGCUACGUCGUAUAAAACUGUUGUUUAUGAACCUACAGGAUGAUGGAUUGGAUAUUUGUUUACAUUUGGACACUUGUAUGCUUCUAUAAAGGUAUACAAUGUACGAUAUGUUCAGAAGCUGCAGCAUCGGAGAACACUAGAGUAAUAAGGAUGUGUGAGAGCGGAAGUUGGAAAACAGAACGUGUAGUCAUAGAUACAUACGACACUGGGGACCCGGAUGUAUAUAGCUGUACCUGCACUGCAACUCAGUAUAUAACAUCUAGUUAUCUCGUUAGCUUUGGCAGGGCGUAUAGUCUACAACAACACCUAAAUUGUGGAAGUAGACUUAGUAUUGAUUCAUCAGGAAAAGACUCCCUAAGUAAUGAAUGUGUUUGGCCUGACAACGUAUAUACUGAGAAAAGGAGUAUGUUGGAGUUCACGUUGUCAAGGACAAAUGUGAACAAUCCGUGGCGAUAUGGUUACUGUAUUCUAUUGGAAACAGAUAACACCAAAUGGAAUAUUACUUGUCACGCACCUGUGAAAGUAACAACAAAAACACUAUCCUCAACAACAACAACAACAACAACAACAACAACAAGAACUCCGCAACCGACCUCCACGACAAUUGCUGCAUCCACCGGUUCUGGAAGGACAAGCUCAUCUAUGACACCGGAAGUGAAUACAAAGCAAAUAUGCUUAACACAAACAGUUGAAGUUUUUUCAGCAGCGACUGUGGUUGUACCAAUAGUGGUUGUUGUGUUGAUUGCAGUAGUGGCGACCAUUGCUAAUGUCAUAAUCUAUAGAAGGCGAUUGGUACUGGAUGAAAAAAUAAACAACACAGAUCACAUCUCACAGCCACACCGGACAGUGUCUGUCGUUUACGAUACCAUCGACACAGAUCGUCUGGAACCCCCACAUACGUACGCCGAUACUACUGCUGGGAGAAUGUAUGCCAAUACGGGAGCUGGUGUCACUGUCUCCUAGUCAAGUCACACAGCACAAUAUAGUUAAUUUUAGAUAUUUGAAAUUUUGAGUUUUUUAUUCACCCCAAAUUAUCCUUCAAUGGAAAUGACAACCAAUUUUCCUAUGAAAUAUUAUCAUAACAACCGCUAAUGUUAUCCCACCGACCAAACAAAAUAUUGCAUCCAGCGUUGUUACCUUUUUUUUGUUUUUGUUUUAUUUAUAAACGCAGCCGUGGGUUUUGGGGUUUGAGGACAGCAUUUUCAAUUUCUUAAAGGCAUUGUCAUAUAUCAUUCGUAGAGUCUAAUACAAAAUUUAGUAUUAAAAUCAUUACUUUAACUUCUAUCAAACCUGUUUUUAUCAAAACAUGAAAUCUUCCUUUUUCUAGUUAACGUUUCUGCUUGAUCUAAAUAUCUUUAAUUUAAACAUGACAAUCUCUGAAUCUACAUCCAUGUCGGUGUGCUUGUCCCGGAAUUACUCAUUGAUAUAAUGCGUCAGCGCCUUCUAUGAACAAUAUAUGUUAACAUAUUACAGAUUGAUAUUUACUUUCUUUUUUUAUGUUAUAUCUGACACAGAGAGGAGGGAUUAAAGGUAACACCAAUCAAAUGAGGGUUACAUAGGAGAUAAAAAUACAGUAACUUUCCAUCCUCGGAUACAAUACCAAUGUGUGAUGCAGCAAAUUUCUAGGCUCUUGCAUUUAUGUAUGACUGUUGCAACGCAUAUCAAGUCAAGUGAUCCGUAUUUUUUUUUUUUUUUUUUACUUUUUCAUUUUUUGUCGACGGAUAUGUAUACUUGUCUGAUUAUAUAUCAGAGACUAGCGUAGGUAAAGUAUGAUAUUGGACAUAUUGGUUAGCAUCAUUCGAACUACACCCGUGUGUACAGGUUGGUGCUUUAAAGUCAGUAUUGCUGUCUGUAAUGUUAAUUAUUGACAUCAUAAUUGAUUUAUCAUAUUAAUGCAGUUGGUCUCAAUAUGUAGGUCAUAUUUUCUACUUAAUUAUGUUCACAUUUGUGCUUGCUUAACAUUACAAAACGCAAAGCCUCUUUCAGAAUUGAAUAAUGGCGUCACUGCAGUGUUGGGUGACGCGAGUUGCUCCAAAUCUAUAACAAACGACAUUUUUGCUGUUGAUGUCAACAUUCCUCACACAAAUGGGGAAAGGUAACAGAAAAUUAAAAAAAAAUUUGGGGUGGGGGUUGGGGGGUCUGUUUUUUAAUUCUUAACUGUGUUUCCUUAACGAGAACGUUACUCCAGUAAACAUUAGGAACAAAAUGACAGGGAAUGUCAGAGGACCCCACCUAAUACUUGUAACAAUGUAUCGUGCUGGAUUCAAUUGAGGACAAGACCAGGAAAGACAUAAUGUUUUCUCCCUUUCCUGCUCUAGGUUCCAUGACCGGUGUUCCUCCCAAAUGCCCUUUAUAUCCAAAUUCUUGUUGCACGACAAAUGAUAUACAUGUACCAAAAAUAGAUUUUACAUGUCAGAAUAAGUCUUUUUGAGAAAAAAAAGCAAUGGAAUAAAUACAGAGAAUAUCUUUUCCCUGAGAGAUCUACUUUUGUUUCUGUUAACGAAUACCGGUUUGAUACUAUGUGUCUUUGUCAUAUCUGAUGGUAUCUUCGUCCCCAAAUUGUCAUUCAUGCUUCGUCACAAUUAUUAUUAAGGCAUUAGCUUUGAACAUACACAGAUAGUUAAUUUCACUUUAAAACUAAAAAAUAUUCAAAAGUUCACUUUGACAUCUCCUUAUAUACAUUAUAUGAUAAGACGAUGGCAGCAAAGUUAUCCUAGAGAAAUCAAUAUUAUUUCAACCCAUUCACAAACAAAUCAUAGAUGGUAUAUAGCAUAUACUUAACAUUAUAGUUCAAAACUAUUUUGGAAAUAUGUAAGUAAUGAAGUUAUAUAGAUCUUUUUUUUUUUUCCUUUUUUCCUAGGGGGAAGGAAGAGAAGCAGUUAGAAUCCAAAUUAGAAACACUACAAAAAGCAGAACAUAGACAAGUAGAACAUAUACAGGAAUUAGACAAUGAAUUGAAAUUACUUAGAGAAAAGAAAAUUAAUGGUAUUAUCUUAAGAGCAAAAGCUAGAUGGAAGAUAGAAGGUGAUAAAAGUACCAAAUAUUUUUGUAACUUAGAGAAAAGACACUAUCAGGAGAAACUAAUUCCUAGACUUAUAAAAGAUAAUUGACAUGAGGUAAUAGAUUUAGGAGAUAUUUUACUUAAACAAAAACACUAUUAUGAAAAACUCUAUACAAAACAAAACAUUGGAUAAUAAUCAACAUAUAUUUUUUGAUGAAACAAAUCCAUUUAUGAAAAAAUUAUCUACAGCUCAGAGUGAUCAAUUGGAAGGUAAACUGGAAUACUGUGAGUGUCAUUUCUCAGUUAAAAACAUGAAAAAUGAUAAGUCACCUGGUAUUGAUGGAUACACUGUUGAGUUUUAUAAUUUUUUCCGGGUAGAUAUCUAUAGAUUUCUUAUACGUUCUUUAAACCAGGCACAUAGAGAUGGUCAGCUUUCAAUUUCACAGCGACCUGGUAUGAGUACAUGUAUUCCCAAGGAAAGAAAAUCCAAGUUAUAUAUGAAGAAUUGGAGGCCCAUAACACUUUUAACUGUUGAUUAUAAAAUCGCUUCAUCAGCUAUUCCAAACACAAUAAAGAAACUUUUAGACACUCUUAUUAGUGAUACGCAAAAAGGUUUUAUUAAAGGGAGAUAUAUUGGUGAAUGCACUAGAUUAAUUGCAGAUUUAUUAGAAAACACAGAAAAAAUAGCAUUCCAGGACUCCAUUUAUUGAUUGAUUUCGAAAAAGCUUUCGACUCUUCAGAUUUUAAUUUCAUCUUUGACUCUUUACAUUUUUAUGGUUUUGGGCCUUCAAUAAUUCAGUGGAUUAAAUCCUUAUAUAGAAAUAGUUCAUGUUGUAUUACAAACAAUGGCCAUUGUUCAGAUGUUUUUGAAAUACAGCGUGGAGUAAGCCAGGGCGAUCCUUUGAGCCCGUAUAUUUUUAUCUUAUCUUAUGUGUAGAACUACUUAGUUCAGCUAUAAAAAUUAAUCCAAAUAUAAAUGGCAUUACAAUUAAUAGUUCGGAAUAUUUAGUAAACCAGUUUGCAGAUGAUACAUCUUUCACAUUAUCUGAUGAUCCAGUUUCCCUUGCAACAACCUUAAAUGUUUUAGAUAAACUUUUUAUUGCUGCUUAUGAGAUACUAUAUAUAUUUGUGUAAAUUGAAAAACACAACUCCAAUAUUUUCUGAAAGCAAAAAAUACAUCAACCAUUACAAUAAAAUAGAAGAUAUGGGAUUAUAUACAUUUCACCAUAAAAAACAAGAAAAGGUAAAAUCUAAAUGGAUUUUUAUUAAUCAACUUUUAAGUUAACAAGUUAAAUAGAUGGUAAAUUACACAAUUUUUGUAUUUUUGGCAAACCAAGGAGUUUGUAAACUACAGUUUCUGUUUACAGUUUUACCAUGUUUUCGUGAGGUAACAAUUAGCAGAUACAUGUCCAUAUUUUACAUGUGUAAUGUACUGUACAUUCAUAUUAUGAAUGUAAAGAUAAGUUCAGUAAAGGAAAAAAGGUAAGAUAUAAAUGGAUUUUUAUUAAUCAACUUUUAAGCUUAACAAAUAAUUAGCUGGUUGGCAAAUUACGUAAAUAUUUGUCUAGUGUUAAACCAAUGGGUUUGUAAACUACACAGUUUCUGUUUAUAAUUUGACCAUGUUGCAUGAGGUAACAACAGAUACAUGUCCAUAUUUUACAUAUGUUGUACGUGUACAUGCAUAUUAGGAAUAUAAAGAUAAGGUCAAAAGGUAAAAUAAAAAGAUAACAAAUUA